GAGAAGAAGAAGUCCUCCAAGUGCAUGCCGGGUAGACCAGGAUGGCGUCCGGGGUCUGUGUGGAGGAAUGAAGCGGCCGACCGCUGACACUUUCCCCGGUGAACGCGCACUGUGAGCGGGCCCAGGAGUUCCAGAGCGCGGAGCUGCGGCCCCGACGGAGGGAUGAGGACUGCGCCGCCCCUGCCUGGUGGUCUGGCUGUUGGACGAUGCUGUGUUUAUCCACUGGGUGGCGCCUCCUGAGGUCGGUCUCCAUGUACGCCACCCGCCUCUACAGCCCUUCGGGGGGCGGGGGUGUGAAACAGGGGCGACGGGCGGGGCUGGCGGUCCUCGAUGCCCCCCACCCUCACCCCCCGCCUCCCCCGUCCUACCCGGGUGUGUACCCGGGCCGCCCCGAUGCCCCCCGAGCAGCACACUUCCACCCCCACUACCAACCCCACCCCCACCACCUGGCCCCGCCUCCCUUGCCCCACCACUACCAGCACCACGCCCCUUUCCACUCCCCCGGGGGCGGGGCUCCGAGCGGCGGUGGCAGGAAGAAGACGUGGAACUUCAUCCACGAGAAGAUGAGCUACGACACCUUCUUCACCAUGAAGCGUCUGAUCGAGCGCUCGCGCCGCCCCGACGAGGUUCUGCGCUGGGUCACCCAGAACCCGGCCAAGAUCUCCCACAACCACUACGCCAUCGCCCUGCAGAAGAUCGGCCAGCUGCUGCAGGCCACGCCCCCCGCCAGGCGCGGCUCAGACAGCGCCGCGGAAGGGGCCGGAUGCGGCGAGGAGGGGGCCGGGUCUAGAGGCGCCGGCGAGGGCGAAGGCCGCCAGGUCCUGGAGCAUCAGGACUUCCAGACUCUCUGCUCCGCCAUCAUCAGUGACUGCACCAAGUUCGACAACUUCAGCAUCGUGAACUGCCUGUACGCCGUGGCCACGCUCGGUCUGCCCAGUGACUCCCAGGUGGUGCAGGUGUUGGAGGCGGAGUCUCAGUCCAGACUAGCCCAGUUCAACCAGAAGGACGUGUCCAUGGUGUUCAGCUCCAGCAUGAAGCUCCACCCUGCUAGCCAGCACCCGCUAACCGAGGCUAGCCUGGCUGGCCUGGAGAAGAACCUGGAGAGAGAGCGCCACCCGCAGACACUCUUCCUGUUGCUCUCCUACUACAGACUCAAGUGGCGCUCACUGCAGGAACCGCCCACAGGGGGCGCUGCCGCCUCCUCCACCACCUCCACCUCCUCCACCUUGAACCCUGAACAGCUUCUCACCAACCGGAAGAUCCUGCGGUUGGUCAAACACACGCUGGCCAGCGUCAGCGGCGUCCGUGACCAAGAGAUGGCGCUGCUGGACGAGAUGCUGGCGGCGAGCGCCCAGGAGGCGAGCAACAAGAGUCUGGAACUGAUCUUCAGCUCCCACCUGUUCUACCAGAACAGACUUGAGAGGUUCAUCAGCAGCCUGGCGGAGGAGCUGCCUAAGAAGGUGGAGAGCAUCACUCCGUACACGAUGGCUCUGAUCGCCAAGUACGUCGCUCGCCACCGUCUUAGAGACACCAGGCUGCUGGACACCAUCGCCGACUUCCUGGUGAAGAAGGCCGAGUACCUGGACAGCAAGGUGAUUCAGAAGCUGGUCUUCCCGUUCAGCAGGAUGAGUUACCGCCCGUCCAACCAGCAGCUCUUCUUCUCUCGUCUGGAGGAGGUGGUGGAGCUGAAGGCGCUCAGCUCGCCUCUGGCCACCGUCAACAUCCUCAUGUCUCUGUUCCAGCUCGGUCACUUCCCGGGUCUGGUUCUGCACCGGGUCUUCUCCUCGGCCUUCAUCAGCAACGUCACCAACAGCCCCUACGCCCUGAUCGUCCGCCGGUACCUGUCUCUGCUGGACGCCACCGUGGACCUGGAGUACCGAGACUACACGGGGCCACGGCUGCAGGACACCUACAAGGUUCUGAUGUUUGACCACGCUCUGGCAGCCGACGAGAUCAACCGCAAGUACAGUUAUAAAGGUCUGGUGGCCGAGGCUCUACGACAGCUGAUUGGAGAACAGAACUACAAACAGGAUGAAGUUCUGGCUCCGGGAUACUACACAGACUUCUUGCUGUGGAUGGACGGUUCUGGUCGGAUCCUGCCCAUCAGAACAGGCCCGGGCUCAGGCCAGGCUCUGAGUGUCCACCCGUCCUGCGUUGCAGUGGCGUCCAGGCCGGGCGAUGGUGCGGUUGCCAUGGCGUCCAGGCCCGGUGAAGAUGCCGUUGCCGUGGUGACUCCUGAGCUCCAGAAGUUCCCGUUUGCAGCGCUGGAGGACGGCGAGGAGCCGUGUCAGGUGGGCAAUGGGGUGGGCGGAGCCAUGGAGCCCAGGUCCUUCCUGCCCCACCACGUCCGGAGCCCCCCAGUGGCCCCGCCUCCUCCCUCGGGACCCCCACGGGCCGGGACGAACGGCGCCCCCGUGGACUACGGCCCUUACUACGUCCCCACGGCCGAGUACUACUCCACCCUGGCUAAGGAGCACUCUCUGGAGAGCCAGGACAGCUCCACCCUCAGCAGCCCCCCCUCCGACAGCCUGGCCCCGCCCUGCAUCCAGGGACCCUCCGGGGGCCCCGACUCUCUCUUCCAGUUUUCCAUCGGGAAGAUCCUGGAGGACGAGGGACGGCCGGGGGCCCCCGGGGCCCAGGCUACAGACUGUGAGAGGUCUGGUUUCUACAAAGGCGUAGCGUUCCCUGAGGGGUCUGGGGACGACAAAGGGCCCCCGUCACCGCCCCCACCCCCCGACCGGCCCGACGCCGACCACGUCCCCACGGACCCGAGACACGUCCGGAGGGUCAUCAUGUCCGUCAACGACAAGUGGCACUACUGCCACAACUCUGAGGUUCUGGUCGGGUCCAGGGCCAUGAGGGACCGGCACCUGAGGCUGCUGGGAUACAUCAUCCUGCAGCUGCCGUACCAUGAGCUGAGAGCUGACGCAUCCGAGGAGUGAAGCAGUAUCUG